GGCAGCGGCGGAGCGGAGCGGCCCCGGGCAUGCUCCCGGAGCCCAGGUAUGACCGCUUCCGCGACGAGCCGCUGAGCGCCCCGAUGCCGUCGCCGGUCCCCGGGCCGAGCCCCGCAGCGGGCGAAGAGCCCGAGCCCGGUACCACCUUCUGCGCGCUGCUGCCGCGGAUGCCGCAGUGGAAGUUCCCCGGUCCCGGCGGCUUCCUCGGUCGCGGCCCCUCCGCCGGUACCGGGGCCGGUCGGGACCUGUCAGCGCCGGCCCGGCCGGGCCCCCCCUCGGCUCUGGCCGCCGUGCUGGCCGCCUGCGAGCCGCUGUGCCCCGCCGCGCCGUGCGCGCUGCCGGCGGGCGGGCGGGCGCGGGGGGCGGCGGCGGCGGCGGCGGGGACCCGACCGGGAGCGGAGGAGUGGAGCCGCAAGGGCAGCUUCAUCCGCAAACCGGCGCAGGGCUGGCUGCACCCCGACGAGCGGGUGCUGGGGCCCGGCGUCUCCUACAUCGUCCGGUACAUGGGGUGCAUUGAGGUGCUGCGCUCCAUGAGGUCCCUCGACUUCAACACCCGCACGCAGGUCACCAGGGAAGCUAUCAAUAGACUGUACGAAGCGGUGCCCGGCGUGAAGGGCAUCUGGAAGAAGAAGGCUCCCAACAAAGCCCUUGUCUCCAUCCUGGGCAAGAGCAACCUGCGCUUUGCUGGCAUGAGCAUCGCUGUCAACAUCUCUGUGGAUGGGCUGAACCUCAUGAUCCCCACCACACGCCAGAUCAUCGCCAACCACCACAUGCAAUCCAUCUCCUUCGCCUCCGGUGGGGACACGGACACCACAGACUAUGUCGCCUACGUCGCCAAGGACCCCAUCAAUCAGAGAGCCUGCCACAUCCUGGAGUGCUGCGAGGGGCUGGCACAGAGCGUUAUCAGCACAGUGGGACAGGCCUUCGAGCUGCGCUUCAAGCAGUACCUGCACAGCCCCCCCAAGGUGGUGGUACCCCCGGACAGGGCGCUGGGUGCCGAGGACUCGGCCUGGGGGGAGGAUGAAGAUGUGGCCGAACGCGAUUAUUACAACAGCAUCCCCGGGAAGGAGCCGCCCCCAGGCGGCCUCAUUGACUCCCGGCUCCGGCACGGCCCCAGCCUGGGCCACAUCCGCACUCAGCCCUCCGGCUCCAUCCCUUCCAGCCAGGCUGGGUUUGCAGCCAGGCGAGACCAGAGCAGCCAGCCAGGGCCACCGUGGGACCUGGAGAGCCAGGGCCAGCCCGGGGAUGGGUACCUGCAGGCUGAUGGGCACCCCUUGGGACCACGGGACUAUGAGGAGCACAUGUAUGUGAACACACAGAGCCUGGAUGCCUGGGAGCCGGAGGCAGCGGCGGCUCGGGGGGUGCCAGAGGAGAGCCCCAAGAAGGACCUCUUUGAUAUGAGGCCAUUCGAGGAUGCCCUGAAGCUCCACGAGUGCAUUGUGGGGGGCAGCAGCAGCCCCCCCAUCGAGGACCAGUGGCCGAGCCCCCCGACACGGAAGGCUCCCAUUGCUCCCACUGAGGAGCAGCUCAGGCGGGAGCCCUGGUACCACGGGAAGAUGAGCCGGAGGGAUGCGGAGAGGCUCCUGCAGAUGGAUGGGGACUUCCUGGUGCGGGACAGCCUCACCAACCCGGGGCAGUACGUGCUGACCGGCAUGCACAGCGGGCAGCCCAAGCAUCUGCUGCUGGUGGAUCCUGAAGGAGUGGUGAGGACCAAGGAUGUGCUGUUCGAGAGCAUCAGCCACCUCAUCAGCCACCACCGGCAGAACGAGCAGCCCAUCGUGGCCGCCGAGAGCGAGCUGCACCUCCGCCAGGUCGUGCAGAGGAAGCAGUGACACCAGGGGUACGUGAGACCCUGACCCACGGCCCUGGCACCGGACUCACCCCAGGGCCCCUCUGUGCUCCCCUCCCAGUCCUGCACCCCCGGGUCAGGGUCCCCAUUCCCCUCCCCAUGGUCCGCAUGGGAGCUGCUGUGGCACUGCCAGCCCCGGCACCGACUAUCAUGGAGCAAAUGGGCUGUGGCUGGUGCCAGGAGCCUCAUCCCAGGGUGGGAUGGGGUGAGCAGGCUUGGCGUGUGUGUGUAUGUGUGUGUACCCAUGUGGGUUUGUGUACCCAUGUGGGUAUUUCCAUGUGUGUGCGUGCAUCCAUGUGCAUGUGUAUCCAUGUAUGUGUGUGUAUCCGUGUGUGUAUACAUGUGCAUGUGUAUCCAUGUGCAUAUGUAUCCAUGUGUGUGUGUGUAUCCAUGUGCACAUGUAUCCAUGUGCGUGCACAGGUAUGUGAGGAGCCCCCUUGCCCACCAAGCUGUGCCUCUCACCCAGCGUUGCUGCUCAGGACCCAGCUCCCUGCCUUGGUCCCCCCUCUCUGCCAGGACACUGGGGGGUGCAGGCUGCAGCCCCUGCCCUGUCUCUGCUCAUGGGGCUGGCUAUCCCUGUUGGUCCCACACUUCCAGCUGGAUUCUCCCCAGGAGCAGCUGCCAUGAGGGUUCCUGGUAGCUCCGAGCCCCUGCAUCCCUCCCCAGGCUGUGGCUGGGAUGAAGCUGCUGUGGGGAAGGUGCAGGGUAGGGGUUUGCUCCUGGCUCUGGCUCUCUAAGGCUGGAGCCAUGUCCCAAGGCCCCUGGGACAUCCCUGCUUCUCCUGGCGCUUGGGCAGGUUUUUAUGGCAUUCACAGCCCUUGCCCAGCGUGCCUGGGGCUCGUGCUUUGGAAUACGUUUCUAAUUAAACCUGGAAAUGAGGAA